GAUUGUUGGGUGUGAUUCGUCCUGUUGAUUUCCAACGUGAUAUCGACAUGCAUGAUCGAUUUCCCAACCUACGUUAUGUGUAAUACGGAUAUGCAUGGAUAAAUGUCAUUAGAAAAUGUACACAAAUGGAUGACUGAACUAAAGUGGUCAUUACGGAGAAAUUGCUGCAGCCGAAAAUGUGCAUUGCGAUAGAGUAACACGUGUGAACAACAUUUUGCUUCGAGAGCCAUCGGAAAAUAGAGAGAAAAUUUCGACGAGAGCCCAAAACAAUCCUUAGCAAGGCAGCCAGUCAUGGAGGACCAUGGCGGUCCGCGAGUGGCCAACUAUUUCGUGGUGGCUGGCAUGACCAAGGACUCCCGCCCUCUAGAGGAGGAGAUUCAGAGUGAGGGCCAGCGCAAGCCGCCGCGAUCGUUGGCGCCGAUCACGGACGUGGCUAUCAUCAUCCGGGGCCAAGGAGAAAAGCCCCCGCCAGGCUUCACAGUCAUAGAGAACACACCCUCUGGCUUUGUAGCCGAUCUCAACCAUGGCAGUAUUGGCAGCUCCUCCAUCUUCCUGUGCUACAAGCGGGGAUUUGACAAGCUUCCUCUCACCGACAUAGGUAUCCUCCACGAAGGGAAGGAGAGAGUCAUGCCAGGCUGUGAGAUAGUCAGCACCACGCCUAACGGCAACCCGGCCAACGUGAACACUAGGAUAGGCGUCGGCAGCCAGAGGGCCUAUCUGACCUACCGGCGAGCCUCAGAGACAUCCCCCCACAACUCACUGGCCGUUAUCGACAUCUGUGUCAUCCUCACAAACAAGGGGGAGACGCCGCCUCAUGCCUUCUGCCUGAUCAACAAGAACCUGAACAAAGGUAGCAUGGUGGGCUCGGACGUCUACCUCUGCUACAAGAAGUCUGCAGUGAGAGGCAACUCGUUGGCCUACCAGUCAGGUAUCCUAAAUCGCUACCCCUUGGUAGACGAUGAGGAGUUUCCCCUUCCAGAGUCCAUCGCGCGUUUCUGCAUGCCGCUGGGUGCCACCAUCGAGUGCUGGUCCACCGCCCGCCACCACCCGCUGCCGGUCUUCUCCACGUUUGUCUUGACGGACAGCACCGGAGGAAAGUUUUACGGCGCCGCGGUCGCCUUCUACGAAGGCUACCCUGAGGAGAAACUUACCCCUCAACAACAAAAGGACCUGGGCCUCAAGCCGUUCAAGAAGAAUAACACCAAGCUGACCUACAGCGUCCACACCAACAAGUGCGUCUGCCUCCUGUCCAGGUGGCCCUUCUUUGAUGCCUUCAAGAAGUUCCUGACAUUCAUCUACAGGUUGUCGCUCUCCGGCCCACACACGAUACCCAUAGAACGACACAUCGCUCACUUCAUGAGCGAAGUCCCCUUCCCCACCGUGCAGCGGCCAAGAAUUCUCAUGGAGCUUGGUCACGACUCCCUGAUCCUAGCCCAGCCCCAGACCUCUCCCAUGCCCCUCAGCGGUGCCUCCUUCUGUGCCAUGCUGCGCAACCUGGCCCCAGAGAACAGCAUGAACAUGCUGGCGUUUGUGCUGCUGGAACACAAGUUGCUGCUGCAUUCACUCCGGCCGGCCUUACUCACGGGGGUGGCCGAAGCAGUGGCCGCGAUGAUCUUCCCCUUCAUGUGGCAGUGUCCCUACAUUCCCCUCUGCCCACUCAGCCUGUCGGCUGUCAUCAGCGCCCCGUUACCUGUCAUCAUCGGCGUAGAUUCACGCUACUUUGACAUGUACGAGCCUCCGACAGAUGCCACGUGCCUGGAUAUCGACACAAACAGCAUACUGCAAUCUGAAGAGAGGAAGCCUGUAACGUGGAAAAUCUUGCCAAAGAAGCCAGCUAAGCGUCUGCACAGCAUGCUGAACAAGCUGUAUUAUGAGCUGUGUGAGUCCGGCAUCGGCGACGGCGUGUCCGACGAACAAGCCGUGGAAGUGGCUCCCUUAGAGGCAGACUUCAACCGCAAGAAGAAACAGCUGCAAAUGGAGCACAGGAUUCAGGAGGCUUUCCUGACCUUCAUGUCCUCCAUGCUGAAGGGUUACAGCCAUAACCUGCUGCCCAUCACCCAGCAGCCUAACCACAGGGUGACUGAUGCCAGCGCUCGCUUUGAUCACCCUGGCUUCAUGAAGACGCGGGAGAAGACGUCCCAUCCUUUCUUCAAGCAGUUCCUGAAGACGCAGAUGUUCUACAAGUUCAUCGAGGAGCGGUCCUUCAUCUCGGGCAACGAUGAGCGAUUUGCCUUCUUUGAUGAAUGCAUUGAUAAGCUUGACAAUAAUGACGGUCGUGAGGAGGUCCAAAUGAUUGAUGCAGAGGACCAACAGGGCAGCGAGCACACAGUAUUCGUCACCCCUCCUGAUGCUAAUGGCUUCGGAAAUGAAGAAUACCUAUAUGAUAAGUUCCCACUUCUGAGACCGGAGCUGUUUGACCCCACCACGGCAGGCCGUGUGAAGCAACCCAUCAAGACCCCACUCAGCGCCAGAGGCCUGCGAGGCAGCGGGCAGCAGAGCAGCCCAUUCCCCAGGAGGACCAAGCAUGAGAUCAGGAACUCCCAGAGGAUGGCCAAACAGCAGGCUGCGUCACCUGAGCAAUGGGCAAGUUUCCUAUUGGGCCAGUGUUACGCUCUCUGGUUCCUCCAUCUACCCUCCUACGUCAAGGCCACCCGUUCAAAGACUAGGGCUCUAAGGACGGCCUUUGAGGUGCUGAAGAGGAUGCAGGCACAGGAGCUACAGCUAGCUGAUGAGGUUUGCUAUCGGGUUCUGAUGCAGCUGUGUGGUCAGUACAGCCAGCCGGUCCUAGCCGUCCAGGUCUACAUGGAGAUGAAGCGACGAGGCAUCGAGCCCAACGCAAUCACCUAUGGCUUCUACAACAUGGCUGUAUUGGAGAGCACGUGGCCGGCGUCCGGCUUCAGCGGUUACCAGCAGUGGGUCAAGCUACGCAACGCCCUCCGUGCCGUCACGCUGUUCCGCCGCGGCCUGAACCACCGGCGCAGCAUCUACUCGGACACCAGCAGCGAGGUGGACGUUGGCAGCGGCACCAGCGGGGACAGCGGGUCGUCAGAUCCGUUGCCGGACAGCAAGGAGGAUCUGAUACAACUGAUGUCAUCGCAGGCCGCCAACCUGACCAGAGAGGAGAAGAGUAGUACCGGCAACUCAGACAUGGGUUACAGCUCAAUGAUCCUAGACGAAUCGGCACCCAACGAGGUUCUGGCCUCGCCUGAGCUCUCCCCCAUCCGCUUCGGCGCGGAGAAGAGCGCCACCAGCAGCAGCUGCGACAGUGACGCGAAGGACGCCACGGACGGUGAGGAGAAGGAUGACGUAGAGGACGGAGAACAUUCCCAGGACACACUGAAACGGAAAGACCGCAGCGAGGCCGUCGAUCUCAUUAAACAGGAUGUUGCGGAAGUUGUCGGCCCCAGCAGUGCCAACUCAACUCCAGUAAACCACAGCCUGGACUCGCCAAUCGAUGGCGGCGGUAGCAGCAGUAAAUCAAACAGUAACAAGCCCGCCGACCAACCGGACGCCAAGGGCACCAAGGAAUCGGGUACCAGCAUCGUCCGUCACUCCAGGAGCAGCGUUGGCAGCACGGGGAGCAUGGGCACGUUGCGAGACAGCACAGGGAGUUCAGCAGGGGUGGUUUUAAGUGGUCUCAUUUCCUUGGAGAACUCGGUGGAUGAGAGCGUGUUUGAAGGAGUAGACACUAAGGAACCAGCCGCGGACUCCAGCGAGAAGCGACGGCACCGCAGUGCUGAUCACUCAGUCACCAUCCCCAUGCACGGCUCACUUCACAAGCGCAACAAGAGCGGGGACACCAACUCCCCUUUCGGACUCAGCUUGUCUAGCCAGGGAAGCAGCAUUGACCGGGAGAGCAGUGUCUCAAUGGAGCUCUUCGGGAGCGACGCCAAGAUCCUCGCCGGCAUCGCGGAUGAGGAGUCUUCAAUCGCAACCUCCCCCUUAGGAGGUAGAACUAACAGUAUUCACUGCCGACCUUCACCGACAUUAGUUGAGGUCACCCAUGCCACACGGUCUUACUCGGUUGGAAGUAGACCGAAUUUUACCUUCAGGACUCCAAACGGGAGCAUUUCGAAUAAGGAGCUCUCCGAUCAAACAAAGACGGUGCACAGUGAAAGAACUUCAUUUCCAGCACCUGCCAAAGAUUGCAAGAAGGACCUGCUGAUUUCUUUCGAGGAGGAAAACUCGGAGGAGGCGGAGAGCAAGACUGGAGCCCUAACGAACCAUGACAGGUCAGGCUCAGAUGACCAAGGCAGUGCCGACCUGCUAGAUCUAGGAUUGGAUACCGUCAGGGAUCCUAGUGGUAGUGCACAAGAGAAAGAUCUAGUGGAUCUGAGGACAGACUGGAAUGAUACCAUCGAAGAAGAGAACAGCGAGGAGGUGGCUGCUGAGGAUGCCUUGAGCCCCAGGACGACAGAGCACGAAGUAGAAGAAGGUCCUCUAGAAGAGAAUCCCUCCUCUCCCAUCUUCCAAGGCGACAAUUUAGACUCCAACAGCUCCAAGUCAGGCUCAAGGGACAGCCUGGACUCCAACAAGGACAAGACAACGCCCCGCAAGGGCAGCCUGUUCUCAGGCAUCCUCAACACAGGUUUAACGCCGCGCCUGAAUCGGCAGUCCCUGACCAAGACCCUCAGCAACGCCUCCAGUCAGAUGGAGACAUUUGGCACAGCUUUCAAGGCCCGGACUAUGGGCUUUGCCACCAAGAUCGGAGAGUACACACGGUCUUUCUCCUCCCCAGCAGCUCCUAAGACUAUCCCCUCUAGGAACUCGGCCAUGGGAAGCCUGAACAGUCUAGAAGGCAUGACACUGGUAGAUGAAACCACCGAGAUGGCCGGCUCCUGGAACGACUCGGCCAUGGACAAUAUAUCUCUGGGAAAUAUGGGUAUCCACCUCCAGGGAACCUCAUUAGAAGGGAGCUGUCAGUCAUUAAACCAGCCAGGUCAGGACUCGGAAGAUGCUGGGAUACGUCGUCAUGCCAUCGAGGUCCACAUCACCAGCUGCCACCAGUGCUUCAGCUGCCAAGCCCUGCUGUACGACGAGGCCGUCAUGGCUGGCUGGUCUGCCGAUGAGUCCAACCUGAAAACAAGGUGCUGUUUCUGCAGUGCCCAGCUGGUGCCCUUCCUCAACAUCGCCAUGCGAGACUUCCGCAACGAGGCCGCCAUGCCGGUCUGCACCAUCACGCCUAGCCCGUCGUCAGAGAGCGUGCAGAGCAUCCACUCGGCACCACUGAUCAAGCGCAAGGAUAGCGCCCAGACAGGGGAGGAGUCCGAGGAGGUUAAAAAAGGGGCGGAGUCAAACCCCAGCGUGGAUAACCUCUCUCUGGAGGAGGAAGAUGAAGAGGAGGAAGAAGAGGAAGAAUCUGGCGAAGCCGAGCAAGAUGAGAAAGAUGGCAACCUCCCGUCCCGCAUCAAGUCGGACAAGCAAGAGUCCAUAACCAAACUCCCGGUGACCCCUAGCCUGUCGGCCGGAGAGGUCACUCUCAGAGGGGAGCUGCGGUCAGCCAGGUUGUCCCCAACGUCCACUCGGCGACGGUCGUCCAGCGAGUGUAUGACCGUGACGGACCUAGCCGCCAAGGGCCAUGCAAACGGUGGACGUGCCAUGACCCUGCCCCGCUGCAAACCCAUCGAGGAGUUCAAGGACCUCCAGCAGGGCCUCCUCCCGGGCGCCUCGGCUGGAUCGCUAUCCUCCAGCGUCCGCAACUCCCUGGAGUUCAUGCCCCCGCCCAGCAAGGAGUGCAAGGUGGGGCCCAUCUCGGUGCCUUACCUCAGCCCCUUGGUCCUGCGCAAGGAGGUGGAGAACGUGAUUGAGAACGAAGGGGAGGCGUGCCUGAGGGCCCCUAGCUUCGUGGUCCAACAUCCCAUCAUCUUCUGGAACUUGGUUUGGUACUUCCAACGAUUGAAUUUCCCCAACUACCUUCAAGGGGUGCUGCUGGCAGCAUACAGUGAGAGCCGAGAUAAUUCCGACUAUGUUCAGUGGUUGUCCUCAGACUCGCGCUACGUCAAGAUCAGCGUGCUGUGGGACAACGUCAAACUGUACGACGACAGCAUGCUUCCCAUGUACCUGCUGUGGGGGGCGCAGGGCACUCCCUCACUGGACCCCCUCAUCAAGGACCAGCAGAUACAUGUAUUCUCCAAACCGUUCAUGGUGCAACUGGUCAAGUACAUCCGCUACAACAACGUCUAUCAGCCCAUUGUUCUCCUGCUGGAAGAACUCAAGAAGCUCGGCGACAACACCGCGGGCCGGCGCAGUAUCUACAGGGAGCUUCUCUUCCUGUCCUUUGUGGCUAUGGGCCGGGAAAACAUCGAUCAAGAUGCUUUUGACCAGCAGUACCGCCAGGCAUUCUACAAACUGGAGAAAGAGAACGGGCCUUUUGGCAAGCUGCUCAUCAAUGACGACAAGCCGCCUCCGCUGGCCGUCCAGAUGUGCAGGAAGGCGUUCGGCGACUUGAUGCUGUAGCAACCAAACUCUUUGAAUGAACACUUCGAAACAAAACCUUGCCUUUGUUUGUCAUGGUAUUAAACUUCUCUUCUAAAACGGGGUUGUUACAAUUUUGGGUGAAAUACAAAAAGCUCAGGCCCUCGAGGAACAGUCUUUGACAGAUUUGAGGAUAAUAUUUUCAGUGCGGUGUUCCCUUAUUAGUUGUCGUUUUUAAAAGCUUUUUAUGAUGAUCGAAGUUGCAUUUCCAUGAAUUGGAGAUAAAUUGAGGUUUGAUGGACAAGGAUGUCAUGUUUAUGGCAGACGGAGGAACGAGCUUCUCAUUUGUUCCAAGGGUAUAGGGACUGAGGCUUAUGAUAAAUCUCUUGAGCACCAAACGGCACAUGCCGCCAACGGCAAGAUUCAAACUGUGAAAAAAAAAAAUAAGAAGUGAUGCGCUUUAUUAUGCAUUGGUCAUCUUUUGGUCUUUUGGCUGUAUCUUGUUCAUUUCGUGUCGGGCUCAUAGCGGCUCACAUGCCCAGAAGAAAUUGCAAUACAAUUCCUCCGUAUUAAGAAGACACAGCAAGCAAGAGAGAGAUUUCUGAUCAGGUGUUUGUACCGAAAGGUGUAGGCAGAAACCUUCCCCUUUGACAAGUUAAGACUCAAUCCCUUGGGGGAAGCCUUCCGAAUGAAGACAAGUACUCUAAUCGUCAAAGAUUGGCAUCUUUUUUUUCCCGGGCGACUCAGUUUUGUAAAGGGGUGUCUGCCCCCUGUGCUAUGACUUGUAUAAGCUUACCCCACAAAUUGUGCCAAUUUUCUGUGCUGUUUUGCAUGAUUGACCACUCUCUGAUUAUUUCUGAGCAUUUUCCAAUCAGGGGAGUUACAUGCAGAUGGGAGAUUUUUAUUUAUGCAUUGAAAGCCUUUGUAUGAGUAUUUUUUUAAUGUCAAUAGUACAACUCGCAAAGAUAGUAUUAUAAACUCCUCAAGGGAUUGUAUUAUUUUGCCCAGAAAGGCAAACAGAUUUAGGAUAACACCAAAACAGUUUUUUUUUUUGUACUUGGAGGGUGACGCUAAAACCACAAUCUGAUGGAUCUGUUGAUAUCUAGGACGGAAAAAAAAAUGAGGAUUUUGGUCAGAAAGAUUUGGAAACUGAUUUCAAAUUCUGUGAAGCGUCAAACGUGGGGGGAACACUGCCCGGGGGAUGUUCUCUCCUGUGAUUGGCUGUACUCUGUGGUUUAUGAUUGAUACUACGUUGUGAUUGGACGAUUGAUAGUAGAAUGAAAUGCCACAGGAUUGCAGGAUCUUCUUCAACAAGUGCACUGAAAAAAUUUGCAUUGAUUCUUCCCUUUUGUGUACAAAUAUUUCAAUUUUCGUGUGUGUAAAUAAUGUCUGAGGAAUGUGUCAAACAGUAUCGAAAAGAUUGCCCUUUUUCUGUUUUUUUUUGUUGGGAGGGAGGCGGGGGUUGUUUUUGAUUUUGUUUUUCUUCAUAAUUCAGUCGUAUGAUGCACAGUAUUGAUUAGUAAAAUUUAAAAAAAUGAUCCUUAUUUUUUGCCUUUUGUUGAGUUACCAAAGUCACAAUCUGGGAUGAAGUUUUGAUAAUUCUGCUGCUUGAUACGAUGUGUGUUUUACCAAAAAAAGAGGCGGUAUUUCUGUCUCCAUUUCCAUUGACAAAAGAAGACCGGAAAAUCAUCUAAAAAUUGAAAGAAAUUAAGAUCGCCAUAGUCACGCUUAAACCCCCCCAGGACAAAACAAAAUCCGCCAAAUAGGAGCUGAUAGUACAAGCGUGUUGUUGUCGUUUUUAAUCUGCAAAAGAUAUUAACGGAGCCGAGGGGGUAAACCGAGGUUUUGCGAAUUAACCGAAUAAUUCAAACGGGCAAGUGUGCCGCAUCAAUCAAUUAAAGGAAACCACGCAACUGGGUUACAGCAGGUGUGAUUGUAAGGCCUUGGGGGAAAAUACAGAAAACUGACCGGGAAGAUGAGUUUUGAACCGACGCCUCCUGAUUGAUCUAUGAAAGAUGGGGACGGGUUAAUGACAUGGGACAGAUUUUCUGGGGAGGGGGACGGGCGACAGGGUGGGGGUUGUGGAGAGAAUUGAUGGGGAGCGUUUGGGGAGUGUGGGGCAGGAUUUGGGGCAGAGCUCGUAGUUAAUGAUGGGUCAUGGUGGGAUUUAUGUCGGAUAGUGGGAUUUUGGAAGGCAGUGAAUACAGCAAAACAAACUAUUGGGAGAAAAGGCCUGCGGGGUGGAAGGUUUGGUUGGAUGGACUGCACUGCCAGCUUGGGUUAGUUUAGAAUGAGUGUCUAGCAAAUAGCUUACAAGCCUGCUUUUGUAACGAGGCGAUUUUGUUUUGUUUUGCAGUUUCAGACUUCGGUUCAUUCGAGUCACAAAGAGCGAAUAAAAGCAUAUCACAACUCACAAUAAUAUUCCAACUACUAAAUCUAAAACAAACAAAAUCUAAAAUAAGAUCCCAGCUCGAUGAUCUUUUUUUUGUUUAAGUUGUUACAAAUAAUUACCUGUUUGUGAAGGUUUUGAAAAGUAUUCUUAAGAGUGAACACACGCAUCUCUGAAAAAGUUUGAAGAUUUUUGUUUUUUAAUUGUUAACUAGGUUGCGCUCGUUAAUGCAUGAUUGUCUCACAUGGAAAGGCAAUUAACAAUUUGAGCACGGAACCGAUUGAGAACGCCAUACUUUGUCUAGUUCGUCAUGAUUCGCAAUUCUCAGGUUGUGGACCGUAGAAUUUCAUCCCUUUUGUUUUGGCUGUCCGUGUGCAUGCUUUGUUAAUUGUCUUUUCUGAAAAAGAGAAAAGUCGGUUAAACUUUGAGAGAUAAUGAAGUUUUUAAUCUUAAGUGGUUUUUUUUUUUAAUUCUAAUUUAUGUUGAGAUCUGCAAAUUAAUUUGUGGAACGAAAAUGCUUCCAGUUGAAUGUGCCAAUCAACUUAGUAAGUCGAUUAGCAAGUAAUUGUAAUUUAACCUUAUUUUGCUUAUAUUGAAAAAAAAAUGCAAUUGGAUCAGUUCUAAACAAUAAUAUUUUUUGUAUAGUAUCUCCGACACACGAUCAUAAAUACCGCAUAUAUAGGUUGCAUUACACGUUAUCAAACUUUGAUCGAAUUGAGGGUUGAUAUAAACGCACCUUUUAAGUCUCGUUUUUAAUGAUCUCGUUUGUGGAAAUUGAUUGGUUUUAUAGCCCGUAAUUCUUCGACGGGUUCGGGGGCGUGUGGGGAAGGCCUAGCAGGAAUUUGUCAACGUUUGGUAAUAACCAAAUUAAUAAGCCUCUGUACUGAUGACGUCACGUUUUGUUUACACGUGUGCUUUCUUAUGGGAGCCUAGUGGGGACGACGGUUUCGUAGCCCCAUAGAAAAGCGCACACGUAAACACAGUGUGACGUCAUCAGUACACAGGCUUAUUUAUUGAGACUCUCCAUCCCUUUUCUGAAUUCCCCAGUCGACCGUUUUCCGAUGUAAAAAUCGAUAACUUUAUCAAAUGUUUGGAAAGUCGACAAACACAGAUUAUGCGUUUAAAAGUCUACUUCGGGUACUUUUUGGUUUAGAACUUAUCAACCGAUUUCGGCGAGGUUUUUGCAGUUACGAUGAUAAAUGAUUUUGAGGAAUUGUCAUAUUUAUGUGCAAUUAACUAACAGGUGGCCGAUAUUAAUUAAUCACUUUACGAAACAGAGGCCGGGUAAUUGGUUCUUCGUUUUUUUUCUUUUAUACCGGUUCCCUUAUAAUAAACAAAUCGGUUAUUUCUCGAUGAACAAGACACGGUUGUAUAAAAACGAUUGUAACAUAUUCAUGUCAUUGAUCUUCCUUUUCAAAAUGCUUUGUAAUAAUAAUAAUGAACGUCAUUGUGAUAAUUAUGCUUAAAUGAAAUUUAAAUUUGUAAUUUUUUUUUUUAAUUUGGUUGUAUAUUGAGGGAUAAGAUGCAAAUAAUAAUUGUUGUUUUUUCUUGCCGAGUGUUUCCACCAAAAUUGCGAAACACCAAGCCUUGGUGGUGAUUGAAACUGUUUUUGAUUAUUCUGAAAUUUGCGAAACAAGGAAGACUGUAAAUUGUUGCAAUUUUUGUUCUCAGCUCAAACUGCCACACCGUGUACAUUUUUGUUGUGUAAAUAAAGUAACCUCACUAUAAAACUGAUUUGCUAGCAAUUAAUGUAACUGAAGAUGAACAUACUUUGGGAAAACAAACAAAAUCUGCUGUAUAUAUCGAUGUUUCUUUAAGCCAUACUAAGUAUCAACACUAGUUAAUAUGUACAUUUUAUCCGUAAUGGUAUUGUUAUUACUAAGUUACGUCUUUAAUCGCUUUUUCUGGACUGUAGUUACGUUGUCUCGUAGACUCCGUUACCAGCCGUUUAUGUAACUCAACUUGUGAAUUGUCUCGCCCUUCGUCUUUGUAAAUGAAUUAAGAAAAGCCUCUGUGAUGUCAGCCAACCAACAAGAAUGGCGAGAUAGAUGAAAUAAAGGCUAAGGAUAUCACAAACUCA